AACAGUUCCCCAUAUCUUUUCUGUUCUCUUCCUUACCGUGUCCAAUUCAACUACCUUCUUUCUCUCCCAUCCUCUUUUUCUGCCUCCAAUAAAAGGAAUCCGAGAGUGAAAACUAAAAAGAAUUUUACGCCAUGUCCCUUUCACCAUGGCCAGGUUCUGAGCGUGGAAUUCAAAGUUUCUUGGUAGCAGGAGGAGGAGGAUCGCAUGCGGUCUGCCAAGAUCCAGGGCCCAACGUUUACCAGCCACCACCAAAGAACUCUCCACUUGAUAUCCUCUCUCUCUCUCUCCCUCCACAGUCUCGAGUUUCCUUCCUUUCCCGGUUUAAAUAAAAUGUCGGCUCUGUCCCUCAACGGAUUAAAUUAAAAAUCCUCUUCAAAUGGGCAGGAAGCAGGACGGUCCCCCUUCCCUCUGUGUCUCUGUCACUGUCUUACCGUGGUUCUCCACACAAAAUGCUUGCCUCUCCUUCCUUUUAGAUGUUGAGCAGUCCCUCGCAGACAACAGGGAGAGAGAGAUUAACCAUCACCCUUUUCCUGGCUCUGCUUUCUGAUCCUGAUCAUCCACAUCAAGCGCCUGAUCAGCUUCUUUUUUCCCUUGCUCUUGAGGUGCCGUCACUUGUUUCCUUCUUGUGGUGGCGAGGCUGGCCUUCUUCGACCAAGCCACGGAGAAGAGAGGGAGUUCUCUUUUGGGGAGAAGACACAGAGGCCCCAAGGAUAAUCUGACCCUCUUAAUCCUAUCUUUUGAUACCAUGUGCGUAGUGAGUGUCUUGAACGGCAAGGCUCGCUGCGUUUUCUUCUACAUAGUUUUCUCGUGGCUCUGUGCUUAUGGAUUCAUUGGGAGCCAUGGAACCACUCUAUCCGAUGAGAUAGAGGCUCUGAUGGAGAUGAAAACGGCGUUGGACCCUCGCAACCGGAUCCUGUCUUCAUGGUCGAGCGACGCGGACCCUUGCAGAGGCGCCUUCUUAGGGGUGGCAUGCAAUGAGCAGGGCAAGGUCGCAAACAUCUCGUUGCAGGGGAAGGGUCUCGCCGGCUCCGUCCCGGAGUCUCUCUCUCGUCUCACAAGCCUCACAGGGCUUUACCUCCACUACAACUCACUGAAAGGCGAAAUACCCAAGCAGAUUUCGGAGCUCACUCUGCUCACCGAUCUCUACCUCAACGUCAAUAACCUCUCCGGCUCCAUUCCUCUGCAGCUGGGCUCCAUGCCCAACCUUCAAGCUCUGCAGCUUUGCUGUAACCGGCUAGAGGGGAGCAUUCCUAAGGAGCUGGGCUCGUUGAAGAAGUUAAGCGUCUUGGCUCUUCAGAACAACCGAUUGACAGGCGCCAUCCCCGCGACUCUUGGGGAUUUAACGUCGGUUACUCGGCUGGACUUGAGCUCCAAUGACCUCUUCGGCUCCAUCCCGAGCAGGCUCGCCUCUCUCCCACAGCUGACGGUUCUGGAUGUCCACAACAACAGUCUCUCCGGCACUGUCCCUGGCGAUUUGAAGAGAUUGAAGCAGGGCUUCCAUUAUGAAAACAACAAGGAUUUGUGUGGCUUGGAGUACGAUGAUCUAAGAGCCUGCACUUCGUCGGACCCCUCUUCAAAGCAAGGAGAUGGCAAGCCUGAGAGUGUAUCUCCUAAGAUCCCCGAGUCGGCUAAUGUGCAGCAAUCUACGGCAUGUGCCAGUCGGAGCUGCCUAAAUGGUGCCCCUUCCUCAUAUUCUCCCAGAUCUUCACGAAUCGCAGUCUUCGUGGUGGUUGUGGCCCUCGCUGGUGGUAGCUUGGUCUGCAGCCUCUUCCUCUUCUCUUGGUAUCGACGACGAAAACAGAAGAUUGGUAGCGCCUUCGAGACUAGCGACGGCCGGUGCAGCACCACGGAGUUUAUGGCCGCCAAAGAUUUUAGCAGGAAGAGCGCUUCCCCCUUAAUUAGCGUAGAGUACGCCAACGGGUGGGAUCCCCUGCCGGAUGAAGCAUCAAACGGCGGCAGCCUCAGUGCUUUCCAUUGUCCCUCGCAAGGCGAUGCGCACCAUAGUUACAGGUUCAAUCUGGAGGAGGUCGAAUCGGCGACCCAGUACUUUUCCGAAGUCAAUCUUUUGGGAAGGAGCAACUUCUCGUCCGUCCACCGGGGAAUCCUACGGGACGGUUCCGUCGUCGCCGUGAGGACUCUCAACAAGACGAGCUGCAAGACGUCGGAGGACGAUUUCCAAAAGGGCUUAAAAAUUGUAGCCUCUCUCCGCCAUGAACAUCUAGUGAAACUGAGGGGGUUCUGUUGCUCGAGGGGAAGGGGAGAGUGUUUCCUGGUUUAUGAUUUCGUGCCUAAUGGCAGCUUGGUCGACUAUCUGGACAUCAAGGCGGACGAUGCUGGUCUAAAGCCGCUCGAAUGGUCGACGCGCGUAUGGAUCAUCAAUGGCAUCGCUAAAGCCAUCGAAUAUCUCCAUGGGAGUAUGGACAAGCCUUCCUUGGUUCAUCAGAACAUCUCAGCGGAGAAGGUGUUGCUGGAUCAGCAUUUCAAUCCUCUUCUCUCUUCCUCGGGCCUGCACAAGCUUCUCGCCGACGACGUCGUCUUCUCCACCUUGAAGGCCAGUGCUGCCAUGGGCUACCUAGCCCCAGAAUACAUGACGAUUGGUCGCUUCACCAAGGAGAGCGACGUCUAUGCCUUUGGUGUGUUGGUUCUGCAGAUACUGUCAGGCAAGAGGAGGGUUAGCUUAACCAUGCGGCAAGCUGCGGAGUCAGGGAACCUGGAGGACUUCAUGGACGGCAAGCUGCAAGGCCAUUACUCCAUCACGGAGGCCAUGAGCAUGGUGAGGAUUUCGCUUUGCUGCACGAGUGAAUCGCCGAGCCACAGACCUUCCAUGAGCACCGUAGUUCAAGAGCUCAGCAGCCGCAGCAGCUGAAUCCGAUCGAUCCAUCGAUCGACUCCUUUUUCGCUGGUAGUAUGUUUGCUUCGGUUUUUUUGCAGUUGGGGAGAAGAAUUCACGAGUAUCAAUGGUGGCCACUACUGGUUGGAUGCCCUACCCAUAUAUGAUACGCCUCGUAUCAUCGUUAGGAGCACCGGUAGAUGCUCUUACGAGGAAGGAGAGACGUCCUUCCGGUCUCUUGUUUCCUGCAAUAUGUAUAUAUAUUCUCACUCUUCCUCCAUUUUCUUCCGGGUUUAGAUAUUGGGAAAAUGCAAAAGCCGCUUGUGUUUGGCAGCCUUGCAUUCAAAUGCAGUUGUAAUUCCUUGUUAUUUGAGUAAAAUGCUAGACUGAAUUUA